CGACCGGAAAGCCAGAAGAAGAAGAAGACGGUCUGUUUUCAAACGAGCGUAAGGAAGCCAUAGAAGCGGUAGAAGAAGUGAAUCGCACUUAUUAUUUAUCAGGUUUGCUUUAACAUAUAGUUCUUCUAAUGGAUUUAGAAACUGGAACGUACGAACCAGGAUUUGUUGGGAUACGGUUUUGUCAAGAAUGUAACAACAUGUUAUACCCCAAAGAAGAUAAGGAGAACCGUAUCCUGCUUUAUGCGUGCAGGAAUUGUGACUACCAACAAGAGGCAGACAACAGCUGCAUAUAUGUCAACAAGAUCACCCACGAGGUUGAUGAGUUGACACAAAUCAUCGCUGAUGUAUCUCAGGAUCCAACACUCCCGAGGACAGAGGACCACCCCUGUCCCAAAUGCGGUCACAAGGAGGCAGUGUUCUUCCAGUCUCACAGUAUGAAGGCUGAGGAUGCUAUGAGACUGUACUACGUCUGCACAGCCCCUCACUGUGGACACAGAUGGACGGAGUGAAGCUGGUGAUAAUGAAGAGAUCUAACAUGUUCAUCUACAGUAUUGCUGUUCACAAAAUGACGCAGCUCAAAUAGUUGUUUUUUACGCUAACUGGGCAGUUUGUUGUCAAACUGCAGCACUGCUGAUGUUUGUAGACCCUGAAAUUAUCUUUGUUUGAUGACUUGCAGUUUGUCAGACACCAUCUUGUGAAUAUAUUGUAUUAAUAGGUUGUUUUUUUAUAGCAGUUGACAUUUUUUAAUGGGUUUUGUUAGAUUAAAAGAAUCCGUUGUU